AUGCGGCUGCUCGGCGCGGCCGUGCGCGCCGUGACGGGGGCGCGUUUCGCUCGGGCCGUCGCCGUGGUCUCCUGCGCGGUCACGCUCUCCUCGCUGGGCGCCCGCUGCGGCCCCGGGCUCCGCCCGGCCCUCAGUAACUUAUCUGCGGCCCAUUGGUCCCACCUUCAACCACUUAAAAUGUCAAGCAGUUGUGCUGUCGAUAAGUUCUACCACAGCAAAGCUCUCACCUCCCCGUAUCCAGGAUCGAACGUUGAGCGUAGCCGAGUUCCUCGGGAUAAGGUGGGCUGGUUGACUGAAUGGAGGGAUUAUAACCCUGUGGAAUACACGUCAGUCGCGGUCUUGGCUGGACCCAGCUGGGCAGAUCCCCAACUCAGUGAUAAAAAUUUUUCUCCCCAGUUUAAUGAGCGAGAUGGAGAAGUGGAGAGGAAGAGCCUGAAUGGCCUGUACGUGGUUGAAAAUGGGAGGCCCCGAAAUCCUGCAGGAAGGACUGGCCUCGCAGGCAGAGGAUUGUUAGGGCGCUGGGGACCAAAUCAUGCUGCUGAUCCUAUUGUAACUAGGUGGAAGAGGGAUAGCAGUGGCAAUAAAAUAGCUCAUCCAGUUACUGGCAAAAACAUCCUGCAGUUUGUAGCUAUCAAGAGGAGAGAUUGUGGGGAAUGGGCCAUUCCAGGGGGAAUGGUAGAUCCAGGAGAGAAGAUUACUGCUACGCUUAAGCGAGAGUUUGGAGAAGAGGCCCUGAAUUCCUUACAGAAAUCACCUGAAGAAAAAGAAGAGUUGGAAAAACAACUACAGCGACUGUUCAGCCAGGAAGCCUUUGUGGUGUACAGGGGAUACGUGGAUGACCCUCGGAAUACUGAUAAUGCUUGGAUGGAGACAGAAGCUGUGAACUAUCAUGAUGAAUCUGGUGAGACAAUGGAUAAUUUGCCCCUGGAAGCAGGUGAUGAUGCCGGGCAAGUCAAGUGGGUUGACAUCAGUGAAAAGCUCAAGCUGUAUGCGAAUCACAGCCACUUCAUAAAGCUCGUGACUGAGAAGCGGGGAGCCCACUGGAGUGAAGAUCCUGGUUCCGAGUGCCGUGACUAAUGCUUCUGCAAUCCAAGUAUUGAACUCUUGAGACAAAUAGCAUUAUUAUUAUUUUUAUUAUUAUUAUUUAGUCUUCAAGCCAGCAUGUCUUCAUCCCGUUUGAUGCUCAAAUCAACUAGCAAAAUCUCUUCAGGCACUCAAGAGGCAGUGCUGCAAGUGAUUUUGUGUUUGUGGGAAGAUGUGUAUGCUGUGCAGCUGUGGGCUCAUGUUCCAGAUUAAGAUCUGGCAGAACUUAUGACUGAAGUGAGACAUGAUCUAAUGGAAAUUUGCAGAAGUGAAGUCUCUUGAUUUGAUUUGGAACCAGAAUGAAAUGAGGCCCGUGUUGACCUGCGUUGAACUAAACAGUGUUUGGAUUCUUACUUCUUCUGGUUUGAAGGCCAGCCACUCCAGCUCUCUCUCUCUACAUGGAUUGCUUGUCAGGAACAUGAAUUAUUGAGGGAUGUGAGGCUUCUAGGAAGAUCAUUUUGGUGUCUGCUUGGAUUUAAGUGUCACAUAAGUGCUGCUUCUUGUGAUUGGUUACAUGAGACCUGAGUGUUUUUCUAAUUACUGAGAUUAUUUUUCACAUAUCAUUGUGUUCCAGUCUAUAGUUUAAAUGGUCUUCAUUAUC